UACGUACUUCAAAUUUCUUCCUUUAACAAAAAUUAAAUUUCGAAAUUUACCCUACAUAAUCGAAGAUCCAAUCGUUUUCUCGCUCUACAACACACUCUUACGCUCCCCUUUUGGAAAAUGGAGGAAAGCGGAAACAGAGCCGAAGCCAUUCGUCUUCUAGGAAUCGCCGAGAAGCUUCUACAAAGUCGUGAUUUUAACGGCUCGAGAGACUUCGCAAUCUUAGCCCAAGAGACAGAACCGCUGUUGGACGGUUCCGAUCAGAUCCUAGCCAUUGUCGACGUUAUCCUAGCAGCUGAGAAAAGAAUAAACAACCGCUAAGAUUGGUACUCCGUUUUACAAAUCGAUGGCCGAUCCGACGACAACGAUCUCAUCAAGAAGCAGUAUCGUCGCCUAGCUCUCCUUCUCCACCCGGACAAAAACAAGUUCCCUUUCGCCGAUCAUGCGUUCAAGCUCGUAGCCGAUGCAUGGGCCAUUUUAUCAAACAGUUCGAAAAAAUCUGUUUACGACAAAGAAUUGAGCUUGUUUACGAGGAUUGAUUUAAGCGGCGGCGAUCGUUCGAAUCAAUCCGGUAAAUUACCGGUCUCGAGAAGAGGACCAAAUCAGGAUCGCGGACAAUAUUGGAUGCCGAAUACGAAUGCCCAAAAAGACAAUCAGAGGUCGAAAACGUCUACGUUUUGGACAGCUUGCCCGUACUGUUAUAGGUUGUUUGAGUAUCCUAGGGUUUACGAAGGUUGUUGUUUAAGGUGCCAGAAUUGUGAGAAAGCUUUUCACGCUGUUGAUAUUCCGACAUUGCCGCCGUUGGUUCCGGGGAGAGAAGCUUAUUAUUGUUGCUGGGCGUUUUUUCCGUUAGGGUUUGUGCCUGGAAGUCCGGAAAGUGAAGGAAAAGCCCCCACCGGUUUUCCGAAUUGGAUGCAUCCUACAUUUUCCGAAGUGCCGCCGCAUCAGGGCGAAAGAAAUGGAGGCUAUGAGCAAGUUACACCACCUGCAGCAGUGCCGCCGCAGCCUCCUUCGACCACUGCAGUGAAGGUGGUAGAAAAUAAAAGUAAUGUGGCUGUGGUUUCAGGUGGGAAUGUGACCAAUUCAGGCCCAAGGAAGAGAGGGAGGCCGAGGAAAAUUCCCCUGUGA